AUGUCAAUUCGGAUUCUAUGUCUUCAUGGAAUGGGCACUAAUGCCGAUAUAUUCAACCAACAAACAGCCAGCUUGAGAAAAGCGUUACCUGCGGAAUAUGAACUCGUUUUUCUAGAUGGACUUCUGUCGUGCGAGGCAGCCCCUGGAGCAGCGRCACUCUUCUCAGGUCCCUACCGCUGCUGGUACGAUACACCAACGACAGAGAAAGUCGCACAAGCACACCGUACAGUACUCGAUUUUGUCCAGACAAAUGGCCCUUUCCACGGCGUCAUGGGCUUCAGUCAAGGCUCCGCCGUAGCGGCUUCCAUCUUGUUACAUCAUGAAGUGGACGGAAUUCCCCCUCCGUUUGGAUUUGCCAUUUUCAUCUGCUCGCCACUUCCAUUCUCACACAGUCUGGCGAAUGGCCUCGACACGAGGGAAGCCUUUGGAGCUCCACGCAUCACAUGGCCUGUUCGACCAGGAUGUCCCGAUACUGUGCCAUCUUUUCUUAUGCCCGAUCCUCGCUAUUUACGAGGCGAGCAUAACUUGCAUCAGACGGAUGAUGCCGAACGCUUCUAUCAGAUGUUCUACAGCACGGCCGACUCUGUCAGAAUCUCCAUCAAAACAGGCCAUGUAAUCGGAUCAAAGGAUGAAUGGCGAAGACACUCCGAAGGUUUGGUCGAGUUGUGCAAGAAGCAGUCGAAGACGGUGUUGUACCACCCGAGCGGGCAUGAGAUUCCUGAGAGCUUUUCAGAGGAGCUGUGUGAUUUGAUCGAGACUUUGGCUAUAGAAAGCCAGUGUUAG